AUGCACUUCACAACCAUCGCCAUUCUCCUGACGGCAACAAUUGCCCUCGCAAACCCGGCACCCCCAACAUGCGGCACCUGCAACCCACUCUCCGGUCAGAACAGUUGUGACGUAACCACCUCGUGCAUCAACACUGGCUCGACCUUCCACUGCGCCUGCCGCGCGGGAUACAAGGCCUCGCACCAGAACAAGAAUAUCAACAAGCAGUUCCGUCUUGACAUGCCGAACUAUGAAUUCUUGGUGUUUGUGCCGCAGAAUACAGUCUGUGACACGCUUUGUGAUGAUCCUUAUGGAGCUCCGUCUACUAUUUGUAAUGAGGUGCCCAUCUACAACAAGUGUCAGGUUUAA